CGUUGGAAAUGACGCUCGGAGCUUUAAUUACAGCAGCCGCCGGACAAGUGUGAGGAAAGCUGACAGGAAAGAAGGACAGGAUCGGGUGAAGCAAGCAGCUUCUCCCCGCCACCCCUCCCUUUCCUCCCAAUUUGGACUGGAGGUGCGAGGAAACUGAAAAGGGAGCCGAACAGAGUCCGGCUGGGGGGAGAGGCCGGAAAGCUACCGCCUGUUUGCAAUCAACUUUUUUUGGAAACCCUUUUCCGAACCCUUGCUUUUUAUUGUUGACCAACCAGGGAGAGAGAGCGAGAAAGUGAGGAGGGAGCGAGAAAGCGGAGGCUCACCCGGGGAAAUAGCUGUCCGGCCCGACCAGGAGCACCACGCGCACACACUCGAGCCCACUCCCACCCGCGCGCACGCUCACGCGCACCCUCUGCCCCCGCUCCGCCGGGCCCCGGCCCCGCGGGCGCGGACUGGGUCGCCCGCGCUCGGAGCCGGUGCCCCGCGCGCGCCAGUCCCCCUCGCACCCUCACGCGCGCCCGGCUGAGGGAUCUCCUCCGUGUGCCCGAAAGGGGAUAUGCCAUUUGGACAUGUAAUUAUCAGCACGGGAUCUGAGACUUCCAAAAAAUGAAGCUGGCGACAGGACUGUGGGUCUGGGUGAGCCUUCUCGUGGCGGCGGGGACCGUCCAGCCCAGCGCUUCUCAGUCAGUGUGCGCAGGAACAGAGAAUAAGUUGAGCUCUCUCUCUGACCUGGAACAGCAGUACCGAGCCUUGCGCAAAUAUUAUGAGAACUGUGAGGUAGUCAUGGGCAACCUGGAGAUAACCAGCAUCGAGCACAACCGGGACCUCUCUUUUCUGCGGUCUAUAAGAGAAGUCACAGGCUACGUGUUGGUGGCUCUUAAUCAGUUUCGCUAUCUGCCUCUGGAGAAUUUACGCAUUAUUCGUGGGACAAAACUUUAUGAAGAUCGAUAUGCCUUGGCAAUAUUUUUAAACUACAGAAAAGAUGGAAACUUUGGACUUCAAGAACUUGGAUUGAAGAACUUGACUGAAAUCCUAAAUGGUGGAGUCUAUGUAGACCAGAACAAGUUUCUUUGUUAUACAGACACAAUUCAUUGGCAAGAUAUUGUUCGGAAUCCAUGGCCUUCCAACCUGACUCUGGUGUCAACAAAUGGUAGCUCAGGAUGUGGACGUUGCCAUAAGUCCUGCACUGGCCGAUGCUGGGGACCCACAGAAAAUCAUUGCCAGACUUUGACAAGGACUGUCUGUGCAGAACAGUGUGAUGGCAGAUGCUACGGACCCUACGUUAGUGACUGCUGUCACCGAGAAUGUGCUGGAGGCUGCUCGGGACCUAAGGACACCGACUGCUUUGCCUGCAUGAACUUCAAUGAUAGCGGAGCAUGUGUUACUCAGUGUCCACAAACUUUUGUCUACAAUCCAACAACCUUUCAACUGGAGCAUAACUUCAAUGCAAAAUACACCUAUGGAGCAUUUUGUGUCAAGAAGUGCCCACAUAACUUCGUGGUCGAUUCCAGUUCCUGUGUGCGUGCCUGCCCUAGUUCCAAGAUGGAAGUAGAAGAAAAUGGGAUUAAAAUGUGUAAACCUUGCACUGACAUUUGCCCAAAAGCUUGUGAUGGCAUUGGCACAGGAUCAUUGAUGUCAGCUCAGACCGUGGAUUCUAGUAACAUUGACAAAUUCAUAAACUGCACCAAAAUCAAUGGGAAUUUGAUCUUCCUUGUCACUGGUAUUCAUGGGGACCCUUACAAUGCAAUUGAAGCCAUAGACCCAGAGAAACUGAACGUGUUUCGGACAGUCCGAGAGAUAACAGGUUUCUUGAACAUACAAUCAUGGCCCCCAAACAUGACCGACUUCAGUGUUUUUUCUAACCUGGUGACCAUUGGUGGAAGAGUACUCUAUAGUGGCCUUUCCUUGCUUAUCCUCAAGCAACAGGGUAUCACUUCUCUACAAUUCCAAUCCCUGAAGGAAAUCAGUGCAGGAAACAUCUAUAUCACUGACAACAGCAACCUGUGUUAUUAUCAUACCAUUAACUGGACAACGCUCUUCAGCACAAUCAACCAAAGAAUAGUGAUCCGGGACAACAGGAAAGCUGAAAACUGUACUGCUGAAGGAAUGGUGUGCAACCAUCUCUGUUCAAACGAUGGGUGUUGGGGACCUGGGCCAGACCAGUGCCUGUCGUGCCGUCGCUUCAGCAGGGGAAGGACCUGCAUAGAGUCUUGUAACCUCUAUGAUGGUGAAUUUCGGGAGUUUGAGAAUGGCUCCAUCUGUGUGGAGUGUGACCCCCAGUGUGAGAAGAUGGAAGAUGGCAUCCUCACAUGCCAUGGACCGGGACCUGACAACUGUACAAAGUGCUCCCAUUUUAAGGAUGGCCCGAACUGUGUGGAAAAAUGUCCAGAUGGCUUACAGGGGGCAAACAGUUUCAUUUUCAAGUAUGCUGAUCAGGAUCGGGAGUGCCACCCAUGCCAUCCAAACUGCACCCAAGGGUGCAUAGGCUCAAGUAUUGAAGACUGCAUCGGCCUGAUGGAUAGGUGUAGCGGUCCCACUAGUCAUGACUGCAUUUACUACCUUUGGACGGGCCAUUCCACUUUACCACAACAUGCUAGGACUCCUCUAAUUGCAGCCGGAGUCAUUGGCGGGCUCUUCAUCAUGGUCAUCGUGGGUCUAACAUUUGCAGUUUAUGUUAGAAGGAAGAGCAUCAAAAAGAAAAGAGCCUUAAGAAGAUUCCUGGAAACAGAGUUGGUAGAACCCUUAACACCCAGUGGUACGGCGCCUAAUCAAGCUCAACUACGUAUUUUGAAAGAAACUGAGCUCAAAAGAGUAAAAGUACUUGGUUCAGGUGCUUUUGGAACUGUUUAUAAAGGUAUUUGGGUCCCUGAAGGAGAAACAGUGAAGAUUCCUGUGGCUAUUAAGAUUCUUAAUGAAACAACUGGUCCUAAAGCCAAUGUGGAGUUUAUGGAUGAAGCUCUGAUCAUGGCAAGUAUGGACCAUCCACACUUAGUCCGGUUAUUGGGUGUCUGUCUAAGCCCAACCAUUCAGCUGGUUACACAGCUUAUGCCCCAUGGCUGCCUGUUGGAUUAUGUCCAUGAACACAAGGAUAACAUUGGAUCCCAGCUAUUGCUUAAUUGGUGUGUCCAGAUAGCUAAGGGAAUGAUGUACCUGGAAGAAAGACGGCUUGUUCAUCGGGAUUUGGCAGCCCGUAAUGUCUUAGUGAAAUCUCCAAACCAUGUAAAAAUCACGGAUUUUGGACUAGCCAGGCUCUUGGAAGGUGAUGAAAAAGAGUAUAAUGCUGAUGGAGGAAAGAUGCCAAUUAAAUGGAUGGCUUUGGAGUGUAUACACUAUAGAAAAUUCACCCAUCAGAGUGACGUUUGGAGCUAUGGAGUCACUAUAUGGGAACUGAUGACCUUUGGAGGAAAACCCUAUGAUGGAAUUCCAACCAGAGAAAUCCCCGAUUUGUUAGAGAAAGGAGAACGUUUGCCCCAGCCUCCCAUCUGCACUAUUGAUGUUUAUAUGGUCAUGGUCAAAUGUUGGAUGAUUGAUGCUGACAGUAGACCUAAAUUUAAGGAACUGGCUGCUGAAUUUUCGAGGAUGGCUCGAGACCCUCAAAGAUACCUAGUUAUUCAGGGUGAUGAUCGUAUGAAGCUUCCCAGUCCAAACGACAGCAAGUUCUUUCAGAAUCUCUUGGAUGAAGAGGAUUUAGAAGAUAUGAUGGAUGCUGAGGAAUAUCUGGUCCCUCAGGCUUUCAACAUCCCACCUCCUAUCUAUACUUCCAGAGCAAGAAUCGACUCAAAUAGGAGUGAAAUUGGACACAGCCCUCCUCCUGCCUACACCCCCAUGUCAGGAAACCAGUUUGUGUACCGAGAUGGGGGUUUUGCUACAGAACAAGGAGUGCCCAUGCCCUAUAGGGCCACCACCAGCACGAUCCCAGAAGCCCCAGUUGCUCAGGGGGCUACCGCCGAGAUUUUUGAUGACUCCUGCUGUAACGGCACCUUACGCAAGUCCGUGGCACCCCACGUCCAAGAGGACAGCAGCACCCAGAGGUACAGCGCUGACCCCACAGUGUUCGCCCCAGAACGGAGCCCACGAGGAGAGCUGGAUGAAGAAGGUUACAUGACCCCUAUGCGAGACAAACCCAAACAAGAAUACCUGAACCCUGUGGAGGAGAACCCUUUUGUCUCUCGGAGGAAAAAUGGAGACCUUCAAGCUUUGGAUAAUCCCGAAUAUCACAGUGCUUCCCAUGGUCCACCCAAGGCAGAGGAUGAGUAUGUGAAUGAGCCACUGUACCUCAACACAUUUGCCAACGCCUUGGGGAACGCUGAAUACCUGAAGAACAACGUACUGUCUGUGCCAGAGAAGGCCAAGAAAGCAUUCGACAACCCUGACUACUGGAACCACAGCCUGCCACCCCGGAGCACCCUUCAGCACCCAGACUACCUGCAGGAGUACAGCACAAAAUAUUUUUAUAAACAAAAUGGACGGAUCCGGCCUAUUGUGGCAGAGAAUCCUGAAUACCUCUCUGAGUUCUCCCUGAAGCCAGGCACUGUGCUGCCUCCUCCGCCCUACAGACACCGGAAUACUGUGGUGUAAGCUCAGCAGUGGUUUUCAGGUGGAGAGAGACGCCCGCUCCAAUUUCCCCACCGCCUCUCUUUCUCUUGUGGUCUUCCCUCUACUCUCAAGGCCAGUAGUUUUGACACUUCCCAGUGGAAGAUAUCAAGAUUCAAUGAUAGUUAUGUGCUUAUCUAACUUGAACAUUAGAAGGAAGGACUGAAAGAGAAAGACAGGAGGAACCACACUGUUUCUUCAUUUCUCUGCAUGGGUUGGUCAGGAGACUGGAACAGCUAGAGAAGGACCAGCAAAUAUGAGGCAAUACUGCCUGCUGUCAAACUAGUUCCCAACUUUUUUUUACGUUUUUUUUUUUGCCUCCUUUCCUUCCUUCCUUCCUUC